AUAUUCCUAAUUUCCAUUAUAAAUAUGGCGCCGGACGCAGCCUUUUCAAAUAUUAAUGACAAGAACGAAUUCACAAAGUUCGCGAAAUUCCUUGCGUACAAAGGAGUUCAAGUUAUUGUAGAAUCGAGAAAAGGAGUUAAAAUAGAACCUAACAGCAAGCCAAAUUUUUCUGAUUCAGAUUGGUUUAAUCUUCAAAUACCAGAUUCACCAGAAGUCAAUCAGGCCACCAAAAAUGCAUUGCCAUCAGAUAGAAUUCUUGAAACUAUUAAGUCUCAACUUCACGUUGAAAUUUCCGUGCAGACUGACGACGGUGAUGAAAUGGUCCUCGAGCUAUGGACUUUGGAACUUGACGAUUCGCAAUUUGAUACAUCAUUAAAGGCUAUGAACACUGUGUACUUUAGAAUGGGCAUACUGCUAAAAUCGUUGAUAACAAUAACAAGAAUAACACCAGCAUAUCAUUUAUCCAGAAAGCAACGUACAGAAUCAUUUACAAUAUUUUAUAGAGUGUAUAACGGAGAACCUAAAUUAAAAGCGCUUGGAGAUUCUGUAAAAAAAAUUCAGGCUGGCAUAUUAAAGACACCAUUGGGUGGACUCUGUUUCACAGUUUCUUACAGAACAAAUUUCUCUAUAUCCCCAAAUCGUUCUCAGACUGAUAAAACUUUACUACUUAAAAGCGAUCAUUUUGAACUGAGUCCUAAACAUGUAAUUUUCGAAUCUAAAAAGAAGAAGGAAAGAGAUCCCCGGCCAGUAUCGCCCGUUGAUUUGAAUAAGCCACUGCGACUAGCGGCAUUCGUGGAUGAAAUUGUAAUUCAGAAAGUAAUUAAAGAGUUUCUUGAUAAGAUGCCUGUACCUAUUUGUAGAGUACCCCCGAGAUCUAGAACACCUGAAGAGAAAGUCGCUGAUUGCAAGAGUACCCAAGAUUUGGACAUGAAUGUCAUAUCAAAAAGUCCAACAUCUUUGGAGAUGCCACCGAAAAAGUUUCCUGGUUUCCGCAGUGAGCAUGAACCACCAUUAAAACUCUUACACUUUCCGUUUGCGGAUAAUCAUCCGAUCCGCGAAUUAGCAGAGUUUUAUAAAGAUUUCUUUAAUGCACCUCAUCUAAAGUUGGCAGAUGAGACGUUCGAGACUAGAAGCACUGAAAGCCAAAACGUCGAUGUGCCUAAUGAGGACCUUUCAAAGGAUCUUGCCAUACAUGAAAGUUCACUUGCAGAAUUUGAAGAGCUACUCGCAGAUAUGUGUCGAUCUGCAGAAUGGAGCGGAAACUAGGGGAUCAAGGGAUUAGUAUGGUGUAGGAAGACUGAUAUGUUAAUGGUUUUAAUAAAUAUUUAUUAAUUCAUUUCUAGUAUUAAAUUGGCGAAUCACUUGUUUUUAUAAUUAUUAUAUACAUAAACAAUUUCCAUUGUGCAGAGUACCUGAGUAUUAAACUUAAAAGAAUAUUCCAGUUUUAACUCUAAAAUUUUUAUCUUAGUAACUUUUGUUUGAGGAGAAAACAAACUGAACUAUUUGACCUGUCUUUACAUUUAUAUAUUUUCGGCAACAAUUAAGCUAAAGUUCAUGAAAUCGUAUUUCCGUUAUAGUAACUCUGCUAUAAGAAAAAAUAGACCCCAUAAAAAGAUGCUAACAAUGUAACCUAUAAUCUAUCCUUUAAUCUUGAUCUCCUAAAUUGUUGACUAUCCGCUACAUAGUUAAAUAAUUCUUUUCCUUCCCUAGUUUAAGGUUUCAAAUGACCAGAAAAAACAUCUGAUUCAUGAUUAUUCAAUAGAGUUGCCAAGUUAUGGCACUGAGCAUUUACAUUACUUCAGUGCUGUUAGUACACUUGAAAACUUACACUAGUGGCAAUACUAUUCUUAGUUUUCUAAGACUCAUUCCUUUGGCUAAAAACUGUAAAUAAAAACUAGUACAGUGUU